AGCGUAUAUAUGUGCGUGGUUUGAGAGAAAGGGUAGUCUAGGGUUUUUAUUUGGAGCGAGUGAUCGGCAGAGAGUAGAAAGGCGCUGAGAGAGAGAGAGAGAGAGGAGAGGAUAUUUUCUUGCUCUGAUUGAUUUUCGGGCAAGGAUCUUGCCCGGGCAUUGGAUCUCUCCAGCUUCCUCCGAAAAUUGGUCCGGCAAAGGCAAAGCCGGGGCUUCUGUGCCUGAAGCCUCGGCAUCCUGCGAAGACAGUUCUUCGCAGGAUCCUGUAUUUCCACUCGCACAAGCGCAAGCGAUGCGGUCCCUAGCGAUCCCGCCCAUGACCAUCGGUAGCGGCAGCAGCAGCGGCAGCGACGACGAUGAGGACGUUCUCUUUCGCAACAUUGGCCCGGCCAGGGUUCAAGAAGAUCUCGCCAAGCAAUGGAGCGCUGGCGAUUCCAUGGCGCUCUACCGGAUCGGUGGCUGGGGAUUCCCGUUCUACUCCAUCAACGGCGACGGCAAUCUCUGCGUCAACCCUAGCGGCAGCGGCAGCGGCGGUGCAUCGAUCGAGCUCAGGGCCGUGAUUGAUCGAGUUCUUGCCGCUUCCAGAGGUAAUAUUUCGCCUCCGCUCAUCAUCCGUUUCCCGGAGCUCCUCGGCGCCAGGCUCCGCGAGCUCCAGUCAGCAUUCCAGGGCGCCAUCCACGCGCUGGGCUACAACAAUCGCUUCCAGGGGGUGUUCCCGGUGAAAUGCAAUCCCGACAAGCUGCUGGUGGAAGAGAUCGUGGCGGCGGGCAAGCCAUUCGCGUUUGGAUUGGAGGCCGGCUCCAAGCCCGAGCUCCUGCUCACGAUGAGCGCGAUGUGCAAGGCACACCCGGACGCCUUCCUCAUCUGCAAUGGCUACAAGGACGCUGAGUACGUCCAGCUCGCGCUCCUGGCCCGGAGCCUUGGCAUGGAUUGCAUCAUCGUCCUGGAGCAGCUGGACGAGGUGGAUCUCGUGAUCGAGAUGAGCCAGCGCCUGGGGAUAGAGCCGGCCAUUGGGGUCCGAUCCAAGCUCCACACCAAGCACGGCGGCCACUGGGGUGAGACGUGCGGAGAGGGUGGCAAGUUCGGGCUCUCGGCUCCCGAGAUCGUGGAGGUGGCGAGGAGGCUGCGGCGGCAGGGGAUGCUGGAUUGCCUGGAGCUCGUCCACUUUCACGUCGGCUCGCAGAUCCCAUGCCUGUCGGUGGUGAAGGACAGCGUGAGCGAGGCGGCGUUCCUCUACUGCGAGCUCGCGCUCAUGGGCGCCGGGAUGAGGAUCCUCGACAUUGGUGGCGGGCUCGGGAUCGACUACGAUGGCUCCGCCUCGGCCUCCUCGGACAUGUCGGUCGGGUACACGGUUCCGGAGUACGCGAGCGCGGUGGUGGCGGCCAUUGACGCGGCGUGCGCGAUGAAGAAGGUCGAUGCUCCGGUGGUUUGCUGCGAGAGUGGACGCGGCCUCGUCUCCCACCACUCGGUACUCGUCUUCGACGUCUACUCCGCCACCCGGGUGCCAAAGGCCAAGUCUUCCGAGCAGGAGGAGCUCCUGGGGAUGGUCCAAGAGCUCGAGUUUUGCGAGUGGGGCGAGCUGGAUCUCCCGCUGGGCCAGCUCUGCGAGAUGGUCCGGGCCAAGAGCUAUGGGGUCGCGGCCGAGUACGCCAGGAACGCCAAGAGCGAGGCGUCGAGGCUGUUCAAGUCGGGGCUGGUGAGCCUGGAGCUGCGAGCCGGGCUGGAGCGGCUCUACGAGCUGCUGGUGGCAUCAUCGAUGAGGCAGGCCCCAGCGACGUACCACAUGAAUCUCUCGAUGUUCAAGGCGAUCCCGGACAACUGGGCCCUCGGCCAGCUCUUCCCGAUCGUCCCGCUCCAGCGCCUCAACGAGGAGCCGACCGUGAGGGCGAUCCUCUCGGACCUCACCUGCGACAGCGAUGGAAGGAUCACGUCCUUCGUGUGUGGCGGUGGUGGCGGCGGCGGGGACACCGAGCGGCCAUCGCCAAGCUUGCCCGUCCACGAGCUCGAGGAAGACGACGGUGUACGGGCGGGCGGCCGUGCGCGGCCGUACUACCUGGGCCUCUUUCUGGGUGGGGCCUACCAGGAGGCGCUGAGCAGCAUGCACAACCUGUUUGGUGUAAUGCACGUGGUUCACGUGGCGAGCGAUGGUGGCGGGGGGUUCAGUGUGACGCGGGAGAUUCCUGGCCAGUCGAUCGCGAGCGUGCUCCGUAGCGCGCAGCACGACCCAGGUGGCAUGUUCGAUUCCCUGCGCGCGCGGGUGAUUGGGUCGCUGGCCGCGGGCCGAUUCCAUGGCGAGCGUGAGGCGCGGGUGGCGCUCCAAAUCCUGGCCAAGACCUUCUCCAGCUACACCUAUCUCCACACCAUCGCGUCUACUACUACUACAACUACUUCUGAUGUGGUGGAGUGAGUGACAUCUACUUGCUCGGUCCCAGAGAAUAAGCACCACAAAUAACAUUGUCAGACCAUUUCAAUUUUUGCAUUCCAUAUACUGUUUUAUGUAACAAUCAGAAUUUAAUAAAGUUCUCACGGCUGUUGGGCUGCUGGUAUGGAAGACAA